UGGAUGAAAAUGAAAUUGAAGUUAUAACUAGCGGAUGCUCUAACAGUUACAGACAAUCCACACGCAGAUUUAAAUUUUGUGUGGUGAGCGUGUGUUGCACUGAAGAAGAAGAAGAAAACAGAAAAGAAAACAAUGGCUUCAGCUUGGCUUCAUCUCCGUCCUCCUCUCUCUAAAUUGUCUCAACAGAGAGCACACCAAAUUACUUCCCUGACCUCACUCAAAUUCACCACUUCCACCAAAACCAACUUCAUCACGAAACCUCUCUCAGUGCGCUUCGCUUUAACCCAGUCUGACUCCUCCAAUUCCAAAUCCAUCGAACCUGAUCCCUCCGCGCUUCUCCAACAUAUUGCCGACAGUUUUGAUCUUCCUUCUGAUUACUUCGCUCAGCUUCCCCGGGAUCUUCGUUUGGAUCUGAACGAUGCCGCAUUCGAUCUAUCAAAGGGACCAGUCUUGGACGAGUGUGGGCAAGAGUUGGGGGAAAUACUGCUAAACAUCACCCGGGCAUGGGAACGUGGCGACACGUCAGCUUCCUACUCUUUAUUGACCAAGCUUCCUUCUAUGGAGGAGAAUUUGACAGGCAGUGCCAAAUCAGCACUUGGCAAGCGGUUGGUAUCUGCUGGAAGAAGGUUCCAGUCAAUGGGUCAGUAUGGCCAAGGUGAGCCACAAAAGAUUGCAAAAGCAAUGAUCACAGCUGGGAAAGCUCUAUCAGCUAUUUCAACUUCUGCAAGAAUAGAUGAACAACCGAAAGAAGCAGCUAGGAUGCUGAAGUUCGGAGAAUUGCAGCUUGAAAUAACACCAGACAACGCUAAUAUCGGUGCGGUAAUUGGAGUUGUUUUUGGGAUCCUUUCAUUUGAAAUAGCUAAUGGAAUUGAAAACAUUCCAGAGAGUUCCUUGCAGUACGCAAAUGACAAUGCACUGCUGCUCGCUAAGUCUUUAAGGGGAGCCUUGCUUGCUCUAUUCUACUGUUCCACGGUCCUGUCUGCAUUCACAACAGUUGGGCUUGUUCUACUUGGGAUACAACUAAGAUCAAAGAAAGAUUGAGCUUCUCAGUUUUGCUUCUAAUUGUAUGUGGUGGUGAGGUAAUAGAGAUGCACUAUUAGGUUCUUUCGUAGAAUACAAUCAUUGUAAAGUUACAAACUCAUCAUAUAGUUGCGAAAACCACACUAUAGCUAUAUGUAUUCUGUUUAAUGUAAAAUUUAAUACAUAUUAUAUGGUCUUGUUUGGAUUUUUAA